AUGGGUCUGACCGGCUCUGCCUCGAGGAGUUUCUUGUAUGGCCUGAACCAUACGGAAGUCGUUGGGUUGGACAGGUUCAUGGAAACUCUGGAUAGGAGGAGAAAUGUCGAGGAAAGGCAGAGGGGAUUGAUUACUGGUAGCUAUUACUCUGCUGUCCUCAUGGAUGAUCCAUUGAUUUGGGGAGUCCUGCCUUUUAAAUACGCUUUCAAUCCUUCGAAUCAUAGAUGGAGUUUAGGGAGUUAUGAUAUUUGCUUCACUAAUAGAGUCCUCAAAGCAUUCUUCAACAUCGGCCAAGUGCUUCCUACGCAUCGCAGCCUUCACUCGAUUCAUGGUGGUCUUUUCCAACCUACCAUAACUCAAGCGAUCCGCCUCCUUUCCUCACAGCCUUUCGCCCCGUCUCCUCCAUCUCAUCCUACAAUUUGGGAGCCCAUCGAUACUGCAGAUCCAUUCACGUCGGGUACUUUGACCUACUCUACAAAUGGAAUCGACUCUUUCCCCUCUCCCUCCUUCUUUCCUUCUCAGAAACACUCCUGGAUCCACAUCUUCCCAGAAGGCCGUGUGCACCAGCAUCCACAAAAGUCCUUACGAUACUUCAAAUGGGGCGUAUCUCGUCUGAUCCUCGAAUCCGAGCCUCUGCCGGAAAUAAUACCCAUAUUCAUCGAUGGUAACCAAGAAGUCAUGCACGAAGCUCGAGAAUGGCCACGAUUCGUACCUAGAACAGGAAAGAAAAUCAAGAUUGCCUUUGGAGAGAGUGUGGAUGGAGAGAAAGUGUUCGGGGAAUUGAGAGCGAAAUGGAAGAGAUUGGUCAGACUACAGAAAGAGGCUUUGAUGAAGCGAGGAGAGUCGACAGACUGGCAGAUGGGAGAACUCACAGACGGACUCAAAUAUGGCAACGAGGCUGUAGAAUUGAGGAAGGAGGUCACUAUGAGGAUUAGAAAUGAGGUGUUGAAGCUUAGAAGGAGCUUAGGAUACCCGGAUGAAGAUUCCAAACAAGGAUUGGUUGAGACUUGGUUGGAAGAGGGCCCGAAGCAAAUAGGGAAGAUGGAGGACGGUUCUUGGGUUGGUGAUACCUGA